ACAGUUUCCGCCGGGAGCACAAAGCAACGGACCGGAAGUGGGGGGCGGAAGUGCAGUGGGCUCAGCGCCGACUGCGCGCCUCUGCCCGCGAAAACUCUGAGCUGGCUGACAGCUGGGGACGGGUGGCGGCCCUCGACUGGAGUCGGUUGAGUUCCUGAGGGCCCCCGGUUCUGGAAGGUUCGCCGCGGAGACAAGUGAGCAGUCUGUGCCAUAGGGAUUCUCGAAGAGAACAGCGUUGUGUCCCAGUGCACAUGCUCGCAUCGCUUACCAGGAGUGCCUGAGACCCUAAGAUGUUCGGAGUGGUUUUUUCGCACAGACCCGAAUAGCCUGCCGCUCAGCCACGCUCUGUGCCCUUCUGAGAACAGGCUGAUAUGCCCAAGAUAGUCCUGAAUGGUGUGACCGUAGACUUCCCUUUCCAGCCCUACAAAUGCCAACAGGAGUACAUGACCAAGGUCCUGGAAUGUCUGCAGCAGAAGGUGAAUGGCAUCCUGGAGAGCCCUACGGGUACAGGGAAGACGCUGUGCCUGUUGUGCACCACGCUGGCCUGGCGAGAACACCUCCGAGAUGGCAUCUCUGCCCGCAAGAUUGCCGAGAGGGCGCAAGGAGAGCUUUUCCCGGAUCGGGCCUUGUCAUCCUGGGGCAACGCUGCUGCUGCUGCUGGAGACCCCAUAGCUUGCUACACGGACAUCCCAAAGAUCAUUUACGCCUCCCGGACCCACUCGCAACUCACGCAAGUCAUCAAUGAGCUUCGGAACACCUCCUACCGGCCUAAGGUGUGUGUGCUGGGCUCCCGGGAGCAGCUGUGCAUCCAUCCUGAGGUGAAGAAACAAGAGAGUAACCAUCUACAGAUCCACUUGUGCCGUAAGAAGGUGGCAAGUCGCUCCUGUCAUUUCUACAACAACGUAGAAGGUGCAAGCAGCUCGGUGGGACCAGGGUUGGGUUGGAGUGUGUGCAGCCCCUUAGGGUGGAGCUCACUGGUGUCACAGCCUGGUUGUGCUUGCUCGGUGGGGCGGCCAGUGCGGCCAUGUACCUGGGCCCUGUCUUCUGACUCGGGGCCACCCAUGUUAGUCUUCUGUGUGGAAGAGCUCACACAGUGGUCUGAGACAGCCAGCCGGCAAGACUGCCUCUGGCUGGUGCCUGGGGCCUUGGAUUUUGGGAAGGCUCCCUCCAUUUCCUGAUGAGAGGGGCCCCCUGCACCUAACCUGCUGGUGCAAACAGUAGGGGUUUCGCUGAACACCGGCUUUCUCUUCGGGGACUUUGUUGCUUGCCCAGCAGCAGGUGCUCCAGUGACCGGCCCUCAUACCGUCUUGGGAGGGUGUCCUGGAAGCCGUGUCUGGCCUCCCGCGACCCUGCCCUGUGUGUCUUUUUCCUGUGCUGACCUUGCUGCGGAAAAUUACGGCCCUGAGUGUGACUCCAGGCUGAGUCCUGUGGGUCCAACACGGGAGGCCUUGGGGCCUCUUCUGGAGACGGGAUGUGAGUGACAGGAGCCGGCCGGGGCAGCUUGCCUUGUGACUGCACGUGGCCACAGCCUGUGAGGGCCGGGGGUGCUUCUCCACCCACGUGGCUGCCCCUCGGAAAAAAGCCUGGAGCAGGAGCUGGCCAGCCCCAUCCUGGACAUCGAGGACUUGGUCAAGAGCGGAAGCAAGCACAGGGUGUGCCCUUACUACCUGUCCCGGAACCUGAAGCAGCAAGCCGACAUCAUCUUCAUGCCGUACAAUUACUUGUUGGAUGCCAAGAGCCGCAGAGCACACAACAUUGACCUGAAGGGGACAGUCGUGAUCUUUGACGAAGCUCACAACGUGGAGAAGAUGUGUGAAGAAUCGGCAUCCUUUGACCUGACCCCCCAUGACCUGGCUUCAGGACUGGACGUCAUAGACCAGGUGCUGGAGGAGCAGACCAAGGCAGCGCAGCAGGGCGAGCCCCACCCGGAGUUCAGCACGGACUCCCCCAGCCCAGGGCUGAACAUGGAGCUGGAAGACAUUGCAAAGCUGAAGAUGAUCCUGCUGCGCCUGGAGGGGGCCAUUGAUGCUGUUGAGCUGCCUGGAGACGACAGCGGUGUCACCAAGCCAGGGAGGCCCGAGCCUGCCUUCUUCUCCUCAGUUCCCAAAGCUGCAGCCUGGUCCCCCCGCCAGGCUCGAGCCUGCCUUCUUCUCCUCGGCAGCUACAUCUUUGAGCUGUUUGCUGAAGCCCAGAUCACGUUUCAGACCAAGGGCUGCAUCCUGGACUCGCUGGACCAGAUCAUCCAGCACCUGGCAGGACGUGCUGGAGUGUUCACCAACACGGCCGGACUGCAGAAGCUGGCGGACAUUAUCCAGAUUGUGUUCAGUGUGGACCCCUCCGAGGGCAGCCCUGGUUCCCCAGCAGGGCUGGGGGCCUUACAGUCCUAUAAGGUGCACAUCCAUCCUGAUGCUGGUCACCGGAGGACGGCUCAGCGGUCUGAUGCCUGGAGCACCACUGCAGCCAGAAAGCGAGGGAAGGUGCUGAGCUACUGGUGCUUCAGUCCCGGCCACAGCAUGCGCGAGCUGCUCCGCCAGGGCGUCCGCUCCCUCAUCCUUACCAGCGGCACGCUGGCCCCGGUGUCCUCCUUUGCUCUGGAGAUGCAGAUCCCUUUCCCUGUCUGCCUGGAGAACCCACACAUCAUCGACAAGCACCAGAUCUGGGUGGGGGUCGUCCCCAGAGGCCCCGAUGGAGCCCAGUUGAGCUCCGCGUUUGACAGACGGUUUUCCGAGGAGUGCUUAUCCUCCCUGGGGAAGGCUCUGGGCAACAUCGCCCGCGUGGUGCCCUAUGGGCUCCUGAUCUUCUUCCCUUCCUAUCCUGUCAUGGAGAAGAGCCUGGAGUUCUGGCGGGCCCGCGACUUGGCCAGGAAGAUGGAGGCGCUGAAGCCGCUGUUUGUGGAGCCCAGGAGCAAAGGCGGCUUCUCCGAGACCAUCAGUGCUUACUACGCAAGGGUUGCCGCCCCUGGGUCCACUGGCGCCACCUUCCUGGCGGUCUGCCGGGGCAAGGCCAGCGAGGGGCUGGACUUCUCAGACACGAAUGGCCGUGGUGUGAUUGUCACGGGCCUCCCGUACCCCCCACGCAUGGACCCCCGGGUUGUCCUCAAGAUGCAGUUCCUGGACGAGAUGAAGGGCCAGGGUGGGGCUGGGGGCCAGUUCCUCUCUGGGCAGGAGUGGUACCGGCAGCAGGCGUCCAGGGCUGUGAACCAGGCCAUCGGGCGAGUGAUCCGACACCGCCAGGACUACGGAGCUGUCUUCCUCUGUGACCACAGGUUCGCCUUUGCCGACGCAAGAGCCCAACUGCCCUCCUGGGUGCGUCCCCACGUCAGGGUGUAUGACAACUUUGGCCAUGUCAUCCGAGACGUGGCCCAGUUCUUCCGUGUUGCCGAGCGAACUAUGCCAGCACCAGCCCCCCGGGCUACAGCACCCAAUGUACGUGAAGGAGAAGAUGCUGUUAGCGAGGCCAAGUCACCUGGCCCCCUCUUCUCCACCAGGAAAGCUAAGAGUCUGGACCUGCAUGUCCCCAGCCUGAAGCAGAGGUCCUCAGGGUCACCAGCUGCCGGGGACCCCGAGAGUAGCCUGUGUGUGGAGUAUGAGCAGGAGCCAGUUCCUGCCCGGCAGAGGCCCAGGGGGCUGUUGGCUGCCCUGGAGCACAGCGAACAGCGGGCGGGGAGCCCCGGCGAGGAGCAGGCCCACAGCUGCUCCACCCUGUCCCUCCUGUCUGAGAAGAGGCCGGCAGAAGAACCGCGAGGAGGGAGGAAGAAGAUCCGGCUGGUCAGCCACCCGGAGGAGCCCGUGGCUGGUGCACAGAUGGACAGGGCCAAGCUCUUCAUGGUGGCCGUGAAGCAGGAGUUGAGCCAAGCCAACUUUGCCACCUUCACCCAGGCCCUGCAGGACUACAAGGGUUCCGAUGACUUCGCCGCCCUGGCCGCCUGUCUCGGCCCCCUCUUUGCUGAGGACCCCAAGAAGCACAACCUGCUCCAAGGCUUCUACCAGUUUGUGCGGCCCCAUCAUAAGCAGCAGUUUGAGGAGGUCUGUAUCCAGCUAACAGGACGAAGCUGCGGCUAUCGGCCUGAGCACAGCAUUCCCCGAAGGCAGCGGGCACAGCCGGUCCUGGACCCCACUGGAAGGAUGGCGCCGGAUCCCAAGCUGACCGUGUCCACGGCUGCAGCCCAGCAGCUGGACCCCCAAGAGCACCUGAACCAGGGCAGGCCCCACCUGUCACCCAGGCCACCCCCCACAGGAGACCCUGGCAGCCACCCACAGUGGGGGUCCGGAGUGCCCAGAGCAGGGAAGCAGAGCCAGCGCGCCGUGAGCGCCUACCUGGCUGAUGCCCGCAGGGCCCUGGGGGCCGCAGGCUGUAGCCAACUCUUGGCAGCACUGACAGCCUAUAAGCAAGAUGACGACCUCGACAAGGUGCUGGCUGUGUUGGCCGCCCUGACCACUGCAAAGCCGGAGGACUUCCCCCUGCUGCACAGGUUCAGCAUGUUUGUGCGUCCACACCACAAGCAGCGCUUCUCACAGACGUGCACAGACCUGACCGGCCGGCCCUACCUGGGCUUGGAGCCACCGGGACCCCAGGAGGAGAGGCUUGCCGUGCCUCCUGUGCUUACCCACGGGGCUCCCCAACCAGGCCCCUCACGGUCCGAGAAGACCGGGAAGACCCAGAGCAAGAUCUCGUCCUUCCUUAGACAGAGGCCAGCAGGGACUGUGGGGGCGGGCGGUGAGGAUGCAGGUCCCAGCCAGUCCUCAGGACCUCCCCACGGGCCUGCAGCAUCUGAGUGGGCAAGGACAAUGAGGGCGCUGGAGGGGCCAGGCCUGUCGCUGCUGUGCCUGGUGUUGGCGCUGCCCACCCUGCUGCUGGUGCCGGCUGUAUGCGGAGUGGCAGAAACACCCACCUACCCCUGGCGGGACGCAGAGACAGGGGAGUGGCUGGUGUGCGCCCAGUGCCCCCCAGGCACCUUUGUGCAGCGGCCGUGCCGCCGAGACAGCCCCACGACAUGUGGCCCGUGUCCACCGCGCCACUACACGCAGUUCUGGAACUACCUGGAGCGCUGCCGCUACUGCAACGUCCUCUGCGGGGAGCGUGAGGAGGAGGCACGGGCUUGCCACGCCACCCACAACCGCGCCUGCCGCUGUCGCGCCGGCUUCUUCGCGCACGCUGGUUUCUGCUUGGAGCACGCAUCGUGUCCACCUGGUGCCGGCGUGAUUGCCCCGGGCACCCCCAGCCAGAACACGCAGUGCCAGCCGUGCCCCCCAGGCACCUUCUCAGCCAGCAGCUCCAGCUCAGAGCAGUGCCAGCCCCACCGCAACUGCACGGCCCUGGGCCUGGCCCUCAAUGUGCCAGGCUCUUCCUCCCAUGACACCCUGUGCACCAGCUGCACUGGCUUCCCCCUCAGCACCAGGGUACCAGGAGCUGAGGAGUGUGAGCGUGCCGUCAUCGACUUUGUGGCUUUCCAGGACAUCUCCAUCAAGAGGCUGCAGCGGCUGCUGCAGGCCCUCGAGGCCCCGGAGGGCUGGGGUCCGACACCAAGGGCGGGCCGCGGGGCCUUGCAGCUGAAGCUGCGUCGGCGGCUCACGGAGCUCCUGGAGGCGUGGGACGGGGCGCUGCUGGUGCGGCUGCUGCAGGCGCUGCGCGUGGCCAGGAUGCCCGGGCUGGAGCGGAGUGUCCGUGAGCGCUUCCUCCCUGUGCACUGAUCCUGGCCCCCUCGCCCCCACUUAUUUAUUUAUUCUACAUCCUUGGCACCCCACUUGCACUAAGAGAGGCUUUUUUUAAGUAGAAUAAAUGAGGUUUCUUAAAGCUUA